UGGUGAGGGCCGGGGAGGGAGAGGCAGGAGACUGCCGCCAGAGUUUGCGGCUCGGCCCCAAUUCAAUGUGCAUUCGGUGGUUAACAUCCUCUAUUGCCGGCUAAAGGCUGCAGGGCAGGUUCGAAGGAUCCUUUGAUGAUACAGUACAGAUACGACAAAGGGGCUGAAAACACCAGCAACGGGUUGCGCCCCGCCCCCUCCCACGGCAGGCCUUAAACUUCUAGAACUCGAGGGAAGAGCAAUGGCAGUCAAAAGCAUCGGCCUCAUCUGAAAUUUUAGAAAGAUUGGGAAAAGAACUGCUUGGGAUGUUUGCGAUCGCUUAUCCCUUGUCGCGCCUCUUCGUAAGAGUCUAUGGCUUGAUUCGUCAUCGCCAAUUCAACAGGUUGGUCGUUCCCUCCCCCCACUCUCUCAGCGCCUUGUAUGACGUCAUUCCAAAUUUAUGUUGGAUUCUGACUCGGUCUCUGCUGUAGCUCUGACUCAUCCUGGGCUGGGAGCCGUGUCUUUCAAGUCCAGUCCAGAAAACCGCGGCAAAGGCAAGGGACAAAGAGCGCUCUGUUUCGUAUCGCUGUACGACCGCGCGCUCCCGAAGACGAAGACGAAGACGAGGCGGCCCCGCUAGACUUCGGGCAACGGCGGUCCGUCGGUCAGCUUCGUGUGCCUUCGGCUCGGUCCCGAGUUCCGACAGCUGAAACGCGAUCGCUUGCGAUUCACCCCCCCCCCCUCUCUCGUUUAUUAUUUUCUUGUAUUUUGAUGUGGGGCGGCAGGGCAGGUGUUGUCUGUGGCCGACUUUUACUUCUGUUAUAUUUGGACUUUCUAUGAGUGGAAUUUGUAAUGUGUUCGUCUGUAUCGUGAAGUAAAUUCUUAAAAUGACGCCCAUUAUUGAACUUGAAGAAUGCCUUCGUGACUCACCAAAGUUUCGAGCAACGCUUGAAGAACAAGAGCAAAAUAUUGAACAAUUGGAACAACGCCUGGAAAGGGUGCUGAAGACAUGUGGUCAGAUGGUAGAUUCAGGCCGAAAUUUUGUUGCCCAGCAGUCACAAUUUAUUAACUCUCUCUGGGAUCUAAGUGCACAUUUUCGAGAUGACCCUCCAGUAGUUUCACCUCUGAACAAAUUAAUUCCUGCUCUUCAAGAGAUGAACAAGUUCCAGAAUAUUCUUCUUGAUCAAGCAAGCCGAACAGUAUUGAGAAACCUACAAAGUUUUGUCAAAACCAAUAUUAAAAAUGCCAAAGAAUCUCGCCAUCACUUAGAGAAGAUAUCUGGGGAUCUUGAUGCUGCUCUCUCAAAGAACUCUCAAGUUCCAAAAUCACGUCCAGCAGAAGCUGAAGAUUCUCAAAAUAUUUUGAGUGCGACUCGUUCGUGUUUUCGCCACACAGCCUUAGAUCAUGUGAGGGUGCUCAGCCUGUUGCAGACUCGCAAGCGCCAUGAAGUGCUUGGAACACUUCUCAGUUAUAUGCAUGCUUGGAGUACAUUUUACCAUCAGGGAUCUGACCUCACUGAGGACUUAGAUCCAUUCUUAAAGGAGCUAGCAGACGAUAUUUCAAAGCUACAGACAGAGGCCUCCAGACUUGAAAAGGAAAUGGAAAACAGGCACACAUUAGUCACUAGUAAUGAUUGUGUCACCAGUAACAAGAAACAAAUACCAGAUGCUAGUGGGGAUGAAACUCGAGAUACUUUGUCUGCAAUGCCUUCUCUUCAAGGUUACCUUUUCAAACGAACUUCUAAUGCAUUUAAAACAUGGAACAGGCGAUGGUUCUCGUUACAAGAUAAUCAUUUAGUGUAUAGGAAAAGAAGUGGGGAAGAUGUUACUAUAAUGGAGGAAGACUUGCGGCUUUGCACAGUGAAACCAGUUGUUGAUGGUGACAGAAGAUUUUGUUUUGAGGUUGUUUCUCCUAACAAGAGCCACAUACUUCAGGCAGAUUCUGAAGAAAUGUACCAAGCUUGGAUUGAUGCCAUGCAGAAGGGCAUUGGUGCAGCAUUCCAAAGUGCUGGAGAGUAUCGUACUGUCAGUGGCCCAACUUCUUCACCUAGAAGCCAGUCGGCAGGGCAGACAGACAAAAACAUUCCUUCCUCUAAUACAAAAAGUGGAACGAGCCACUUGUCUCUAGCGCCAACUCAACCACCUAAACCAAGGCGCACAAGAGUUUGGGAACAACUUGUAAACAUUCCUGGGAAUGAAGUUUGUUGUGAUUGUGGUCAGGAAAAACCUGGUUGGGCAAGCAUAAAUCUAGGCAUCACUCUUUGUAUUGGUUGUUCAGGUGUGCAUCGCAGUUUAGGAGUCCAUCACAGUAAAGUUCGCUCAUUGACAUUGGACCAAUGGGAGCCCGAAAUCCUGAAAGUUAUGGCUGAGCUAGGAAAUACCAUUGUAAACAGAGCAUACCAGGCUAAUGUGGAUCCAGACAUAAUUCGUGCAUCACCAAACUGCUCAAAUGCUGUGAGGGAAUUGUGGAUAAAAACUAAGUAUGUUGAACGCAAGUUUGUCAAGCAGCUACCUGUGUCUCCUACUGAUCAUUCAUCGCGGCCGACCCUUGUCAAAAAGUGGACUGUAAGGAGGCGUAGACGUAGCCGCAGACCACAGAGCCGUGAUAGGAAAAGUAGGCAACAGACAUCCAUAGCAGCUUCAAUCGAACCAGAAACAGGAAAUGUAAAUGAAGAAACUGAAAAGGCAAGAUCUGAAAGUGAAAAUUUAGCCAGUGAUUUUAGUGACCAAAAGAGCACUACAUCAAGAGAUUCUGACAAAGAUAAGACUGUCAAUGCUGAAGUUCUUCUAUUUGGAGAGAAACUAGAGAGUGCUCCUCUCCCAGGGUCCAUUGAGUUAAGUAGUGAUGAAGAUUCUACUGAAGGAGAAGAGGAGAAACCCAUUGGUGAAGAAGAUAUUUCAAAGCUUCACCCAGAUAUGUUGUUGUACAUGGCUGCUGCUGCACACAACUUGCCUGUAAUGUGUGAGGCAUUUGCACUUGGAGCCAAUAAAACUUGGAUUAAUCCAAAGGACCACAAUCGAUCACCACUCCAUCAGGCUGUUUUGAGUGGGUCUGUCAUGGCCUGUGAGUACUUAUUGUUAAAUGGGGCUUCCAUUAACAGUCAGGAUUCAAAAGGGAAAACCCCUCUCCAUUUAGCAACUGAACAAGGUCACACUGCCCAGGUCUGUUUGUUGCUGAAACACAGAGCUGAUCAGCACCUCAAAGAUGCAGAAGAUUUAGAGCCGUUGGACAUUGCAGUUCGUGAGGCAAAUGCUGACAUAGUCACUCUUUUGCGCUUGGGUCUUCUUGAUGAAGAGAUGAAAUCGUCAGAUAUGGGUGCUCAGGGAGAUGACACAUUUAACGAUGUUGUCCGAGAUUUCUCUCAACUUGCGAUGUCUCACCCUGAGCGGCUAGUACGGCCGCCAACAAACCGAGAAAAUGAAUGACACGAGGCUUUGUCCUUGCCACAGUCACCCUGUCAUUCCCGUCUGUCUCAGCCCCCCUCACCUUCUCAUUCUCUGUCUCCUGCCUCUACAUCUACCCAUAUCAAGACUGAUUCUUCUCAGGCGCUAACUUGGAUUCGUAAUGUGCGGGAUGCUCUUAAAAAAAGUCGCAAGAAGAAAAUUGAUCGAUCAAAGAAACUCAAAUGAAAACUGAAUUUGCUAGUGUGUGCAAUUUCUAUUUUUUCUUCUAGUACUUACUAGUAUGUACUGGAACUUUAGAUUGUACUAUUUCACUGAAGUUUAAGCACUGACCCAUGUCUUAAAAUGAUAAUUUGGCUUCACUGUCGUGUUGUUUUAUGUUCAAUGAGAAAAUCAAGAAUCUAUUUUUCUAUUAUGUUGUUAUAUUUUAAUUUUUCUUUGACUAAGUGUAUUUUGUAUGGAAGCUUUAUUGUUAAAUAUUUAAUUUUUGGUAUGUUUACUGACGUUUUGGAGAAAAACUUCCACUUCUUGUCCCAUUCACGAUGUAGGAACGUUCCUACAUCGUGGUCCCAUUUUACUUUCCCUCAAUUGUACCCCCCCCCUUCCCCCCCUCUCCCCCAUUCCUAUGAACUGGAAGGCUCUGAAUCUGAACUUAGGGAAGAUAGACCGUCUCUAAGUAUGUGUGAUCUGCAUAUUUUCUAGAUUGUGUGUGUGUGUGUGUGUGUAUGUAAAUGGUGCUGGUACAUAUCAUGUAUGGUGAUUUCAAAGUCUUGGCAUGGACUUUUGAUUCAGGACUUUUGGUGAUUGAAGUGAUAUUGUUAUUGUGAUGAUCAGUGAUCAUGAAAUCUAUGUUAAGACAAAGGCUUCUCUUCAUAUUUUUGUAGAUCGGAUGGACAAUAUUUGCUAUUAUUUAGCAUAGUAUACUGCUGAAGUAUUAUAAUUCUAUAUUUUGUAAUGGUUUAGCUUGUCUUUGCUCAUUUGUUUUAUCUUGUAUUUUGGGAAAAGCUGGUGCAGUGAAUGUGGCCGAAUGAACUGACCCAAUUUUUCUGUUAUGCUGCACACCAACAUGGUAAAUUACUAUUUUACACCAUAUUUAACUAGUACUUACUGCACAUAAAUGUUGUAACACCUCAAAAAUGAGGAGCAAAAUCAGUCUUUUGAUAGUUGUAUCUUGUAUGUAUUAGCUAUUGGUAAAUAUUGAGUUUCUUUUGCCAUUUUGGCAAUCUGUUGAAUUUAUAGAUUAUUUAGUAAGGGAAGGAUAUCUGAUUGUAGUAACAUUUGCAGUAACAUCAUUUUGCCUCCUUCCUUGAACUUAGCUUGAGUUGAAACAUUGCCUGGCAACCAUUUGAAAAGUAAGAAUGAAGUUAUUUGCAAUGAUGUUGAGGCAGGCCUCUUCUGAAUCAAUUUCAUUUGUGGCAGAUUUCACAACUCCACUCCAAGAAGUGUGGAACAUCACAAAGUUGUUCUUUAUCUUAUAUUUUUUAAUUUCUAUUAAAUUUAGAAUGCCUGUAGAUUACUGUUAACGAAUGAAAAGUUGUAUUUUUCAUGAAAUUUACUACAUUAUCAUGUUAUGCCAGCGUUAUGACUAGUCACCUGUUGCCUAAAAUUAUUGUUGUUUCAUCACAAUAUUAGAGUUAUAGUAGGAUUGUGUUCUUUGGCACAUUGCUCUCACUAGAAAAAUGAUAGUGUGAUAAAAAUUAACUAUGCUUAUACAUGUUGCCAAUGUGCUCAGUCUCAAAUCUAGUGGAUGAAAGGACCAUCAUGUUUCCUAUGUGAAAUUACAUCGAAAUACAUCAAUUGUAUGUUUACUUCAA